UAGUCGUCACAGAGGAACCAGGCAAAAUUUCGGGCAGGGCUUGGCUAGGAGCCCUGUAACGGUCGGUUCCUUGCUUGGCGGCCGCCACCAACACCAAACCCCGGCACCCACAGGCGAUACAAGGCCAUGACAACAGCGCAUCAGAAAACGGCCACUCCUCGUAGUUCACAAUGGCAGCCAACCCAGCCUCCUCUCCAGCCGAAGAGGCAAGGGUACCAGUGCUCGCCCUGUUGUGUUUACUGGUAGCGCGUGGUCGGUGUUUUGGAGGCGGUUUGAGCUGGCGCCGUGUACCCAUCUGCCUGCGGGCAGGGAACGCAACUUUCCGUCGUUUGGCAACCUUGGCCGCCUUGUGUCACAAGGCGAAUCCAGGCCAUGGCACUGCCCCCUUUGGCCAGGGCGGGGGCGGCUUUCAAGGCUUCUCGGAACAGCGUUGCGAUUCCCCGACCGGCAUCUCAAGGCACCCAUAUCCCAGUGUUCCAUACUCCUUUGAAUCAACCAACCUCUCUUCGAAUGUUACAGCGACUUGGACUGUACGUCUAGCGAUGGACAACUGGUGGCGCCCAGAUCCGCCAGGGACCAUUAGCCCAGCAAAGCUCACCUCAUGUACACCAACUACCUCCGAAGCCCUGACCGCUCCUGAAGCCGCCCACCAAAGAGUCCCAUCAGCAGCACCGACCCCGACGAUACCUCGUUCAAUUGCUCCCCCUCUUCCUCGAAUAUCUUCCGACUGGGAUCCUGAACACGAUAUUGUGGUGCGUGGGAACUUGGGACAUCAGGAUAUUCGGAAGGAGUUUGAGGACUCUCAUGUCGCGAAGCGGCGCCUGGCUGCUACGAGAGCGAGGCACACUUCGCACCAUGGCUAUUUUCGGAGGCAGACUGACGGUAGGGCGAGCCUGCGUGUUCCCGUUGAUCUGGGAGCACGUGCCGAUGCCACGGUCUUGAUAGAUAGGGCUACGGCGUCGAUAUAUGAUGUUUACCUCCUACGGGCCGACAUCUCGAAGAACGAGAACUUCUUCCGGAGGCAUCAAAUAGUAUUCAACCCAGAGGCCAAAACCUACACGCUCUUGACUCGGGAAGGUCGCGUUGGGCUUCAAGGCGUAGGCAGGCAGGAAAUGGAGGAAACCGAUCUAAAGCCCGUCAUUGCUAGGUUCCGCAAGAUAUUCCGCAACAACACGGGCCUGGCAUGGAACCGAAGAUACGAAUCCCCUUUCAUCCCGAGCUGGCACUUUAUGUUCGUCGAGCUGGACUACCGCGGGACCGUCGCAUGCCCCAAGGAAGUCCCAAAUUACGCAAUGAUCGACGCCAGGAUUACGGAGGAGGUGAGGGAUUUGAUGGAGCUUAUGCUCUAUGGCGGUUCUAUGCGGAAACAUAAUGGCGGCGAGAGCCCAAGCACGUCGAGACCCUGGCCGCCAUUUAGCGCUCCGUACGAGCAGCUCAGUCCUUGGUCCAUCUUCUUGGCAUUCAAGAUUCUGGAGCGUAUCUGGAAAUACCUCGAGUCCGUGCGCCCCAUCCACUGGAAGGCCAUCCUCAGAGCGUCGUCGUUGUAUCGCAGCCGGAUCCCCUUCUGCGCAGGGCACGACCGCCCCCCAGUGAUAUCAAGCUAUCAUGCCAUCUUCCUCGAACUCAAAUUCCUCCACUCGCUCCAUCCGCGGCAGGAAAUAGCCAACAUGCUAGCCGACGUCCACCGCCGAGGUUCCCUCCAGCUCAAUGCACAUAAGGCCCUCGCCCAGCCGCUGUACCAGGCCUACAGCUCUCUGCGGCAUGGCUUCCGCCGCCUGACGGAUGCUUCGACGCUCGAGUUCCGGGAACUAAAAUAUUACCUAGAAAAUUCCUGUCAUCGCACGCAUUGUCGGAUCCUGGAGCUCCAGGACAUCUACCGAGUCUUCGUUAAGGCUAACCUGCCAAAUCCGUACUGCGACUGGAUCAAGGCAAAGCAAGGCCACGAUGUCUGUGGCGAGGAGAGACUCCUACUGUGGCACGGCACGCCACUCGACUCUCUGCUGGGUAUCCUCGACCUGGGGCUACAGAUCCGCAGGCGAGGGGCUAGCUUCACGGGGGCCAUGUUCGGCAACGGCAUCUACCUCGCCGACGUGUCAAGCAAGUCGGCGGGCUAUUGCAAGCAUGAAUUGUGGGGCGGCGAGGCGGUGAUACUCCUGUGCGAGGCCGACAUUGGGGCGCGGCGGAUCCGGAGCCUGACGAGCAUCAGCGAUGGACACGAAGCCAUCGAGAAAUCGGGCGGGCAGCAGAGGUGUAUUGAAGGGGUAGGGAGGGUUCGGCCUUCGAAGUGGAAGAAAGUUGGGUGGGAGAUGGGAGGACUGCCCUGCACGGGCGAGGAGAUGGUUUUGAUGCCCGACACGACGGUUCCAUACAGUGACACAUUUUCAGGGGGGAGCUUGGCGUUCCAUGAAUAUGUUGUUUAUAAUCCUUCGCAUGUGCUUAUACGGUAUCUGUUUCGGGUGAAAGUUAAAGAAUAGAUAAUUGCGUGUUGGAUGGGAAAGGGAAGAGAAGCAGCCAAACUCACGAAGUGGGGGUUCAGGGCCGCCACU